AUGGCUUCGUCAUCAUCUUCGGCCUUAAAUCGCAUUACACUCAGAGACAGCUUAAACAACCUUCCAAAGUCCCAUUCUUUUGGAAGAGCUUCACUGCCCAGUAGAUCCAGAUCCAAAUUAUGUCCUUCUACGUACCCAAUUCAAUUAGCUUCUUCUGAUACAAUAACACCCAUGGUUAAAACCAGUACUAAAACCUCUGAUGCAGAUACCACUACCUCUCUCGCUUUAUCUAAUUUCUGGAGAGAGGUUCAAGGGUGCAACAACUGGGAGCACCUUCUAGAUCCUUUGCACCCUCUUCUUCGCCGGGAAAUUAUCCGGUACGGAGAGUUCGUCACGGCGUGUUACAAGGCUUUCGAUCUCGACCCUGCCUCAAAGCGUUACUUGAGCUGCAAGUAUGGCAAGAAACGAAUGUUCAAUGAGGUAGGAAUGGCAGAUUGUGGCUAUGAAGUCGUCAAGUACAUCUACGCCACUCCUGAAAUCACCAUCCAAAAUUUCUCUUCUUGUGGACGUUGGAUCGGCUUCGUUGCUGUCUCAUCCGAUGAAGCCACAUGGCGGCUUGGCCGGCGCGACAUAGUCAUAACUUUCCGGGGAACUGUCACUGGCCAAGAAUGGGUAGCGAACUUCAUGAGCUCCCUGAUUCCGGCUCAGCUCGACCCACAUAACCCCCGUCCCGACGUGAAGGUAGAAUCUGGGUUUCUCUCUCUCUACACCUCCGACGAAGCUUCAACCUCAAAAUUCGGCGUCGCAAGCUGCCGGGAGCAGCUACUGUCCGAGAUCUCAAGACUGCUCCACAAAUAUAAAGGCGAAAAUAUUAGCCUAACGAUGGCGGGUCAUAGCAUGGGCAGUGCAUUGGCUCUCUUGCUCGCCUACGACGUGGCAGAGCUAGGACUUAACAAGUUCACUACAAGUGGACAAAAAACUGAAGUACCUGUCACUGUUUUCUCGUUCGGUGGGCCUCGAGUCGGAAACCUAGGUUUCAAAGAUCGGUGCGAAGAGUUGGGUGUGAAAGUGCUGAGAAUCGCGAAUGUGAACGACCCCAUCACGAAGCUUCCAGGGGUUGUCUUCAACAACGAGAAUUUUAGGGUUUCUAGUUUGGGAUUUUCGUGUUAUGCCCAUGUGGGAGUUGAGCUAUUACUAGAUUUCUUCAGCGUCCAAAACCCAUCCUGCGUUCACGACUUGGAAAGUUACCUAGGUUGCCUCCUAAAGUACUCCAAGUCCGAUAACAGAGAAGAGGGGUUUGGGUUUCAGGUUCAUGUGGAUGAAGUGAUGAGUAAUUUGAUGGAGAAGGGAAGAGAGUUGCUCUUGAGCUCUCAUCAGAACAUCAACUUGUUGCCGGGGCUCAUCUCCGAUGCCGGAAACCAGCAUGGUUUUCUGGCAUGGAGCUCAAGAGAUUUGAUAAGUUCUUGGGGCAAUGAACUACUCUUUGGCCUGGUUCUUUUGUUAAUGUAG